GAGGAGAACCUUGCGGGACACCCGUGUCUAUGGGCACGUGCGGUAGUUCACAAAUGAAAUGACAUACAGAUAUUGAGGUAAAAAUGUCCAAUGUCAUGAAAAGUUUAGUAAAUAUACAAAAAACCCAACAACUAGGCUUAAUACGUUUCUUGUGCAACUAUGGAAAAGAAAUUGGAAGACCAAUUGGACAAGAUUUGUUAAUGCAAGAUUUAAAAAGUGCAGGGUCUGCUCACAAUGUUUUAGAUAUGGUGGCUAGUCAUUACAGUAUAAUGAACAGCAAACACAGCAUGCAGGCUCUAAGAACAAUAUUUGAGCUGCAAAAAAAUGAAAGAAAUGGUGUAUCAAUGAAAUCUGUGCUGAAACACCCAAAUUUUGUUAAAUUAUGUAAAAAAUUAAAAUCACAUUCAGGUCAUAUAGAAUUAAAUGAGACCAUAGAGGCUUUAAAAGUCUUAACUUUUUUGGGGGCACCAUCAGAUAGCAUUAUAAAUCAAAUAUUAUUACAACUGAUAAGGCAAAACAUAAAUUUUCUCUCUUUAAAUCACAUAAUGUUUCUUGAUUUUCUUUUGGGGCAAUACAAAAGUACCCCCCUAGUGGAUGCCCUGAAAAUAGCUUUGCCAAUGGUGUUUGAAAUAAAUUUACCUAUAAAAAUGGAAAGGAACAAUUUAACCCAACUAACAGAAUGUCUAUAUUAUGCCUCCAGAACAAAGCUAAACAAAAAUUCAGUACAAUUAAUAGUAGAUUCUCUAUGUAGAUAUAAUGAUACAUAUGACCCAAAAAAUGCAAAAAGUAUAAUAUGGUCCAUAACUGACUUACCUGAAGAUGAUUUGUUUAAGCCUCUGCUUGAAAAAGCCAUUAAUUCUUUAAGUGUAGACUUGGAAAGAAUUUCUUAUGGGGAGAUUGAUAGCACACUCUCAAGAAUGAUUCUUAAGUAUUCAGCAAAAUAUCCUUUUUAUUAUAAUGAAGUGUUUCUGGAUAGUUGUGUUAAUUACGUCAUUGAUAAUGACUUGGGCCUGGAAAAAUCACUAUGUUUCCUAAGGAAAUUCAUUAGAGUUAACCACUGGAACAAGUACUUACUCGACUAUACAUGCAAAAAAAUCAUAGAAGAUCCAAAAUUUUUCAAAUCUGAAGUUGGUAAUGUUUAUGCUUUAGUUUGUUCGAUGUGUCUAACUGAUUACAGACCAAAAGAAUGGGAAUCUGUAAAAGAAAUUAUUAAAGGAAUUAAAAAUAUGCCAAAUAAUUGCAAAAGAGACGUACUAUGGAUGAGAUUUGGUGCUGCUCUAUGUUUAUUGGAUAUUUAUAAAUUAGAUGUUCUGAGCAAAUGCCUGAAUGAAACGUAUUUGGACUCUUUAUUUAAAAAAAAAGUGUUUAUGUCGGAUAUCGAACAUUUCCUGACGAUUUGGUACAGUUUAGACCUGUAUAAGCAAGAUUUUCUUGACCUAUUGCCUGACAAAUACAACCUCAAGUUUCUCCACUCAAAAAUGUGGUAUAUUACGGAAUUUCCUCUAAAGGGCGCUUUGGAGAAAGGAGUGGGGGGUCAGGAGUACGUCCUGACGAAUGUAAAAUCCAAAAUAGGACAUCAAAUAGAUCAUGCUAUACUGUUUAGAAAAGGUGGAUUUCCUGUAGCGGUGCAAAACGAAAAUGUUGAGUUUAUUGAGGAUAUCAGUAUACCAGAGGACCAUCAAUUGGUCUGCAUAUUUUAUUUAAAGCCAAUUUGUUAUACAAUCAAUAAAAAUAUGCUUCGAGAGGGCAUUCGAUUUUCUUUAAAUUAUUUAGAACAAAAGGGUUAUCCAACUAUAAGUAUAAAUGGAGAAAAUUGGCAUGAAUUGGAAGAUUUCGAAAAAAUACCAUACAUAAUGCAAAAUAUUAAAACCAAAGUAGAAAGUGACAGUAUAUCUCAAAGUGUGAAUUGUUAAUUUUUUAAUAAAU